AUGAAGAGAUCGAGUAGUCCUACGACGCGAAUUGGAAGGGAAGGCGCAGUGGAGAAGAAGACCACGUACACGUUUGUCCAAAGAGACAAAAGGAACAACGACAAAGGAGUAAAUUUGGAAGAGGCGAAAGAAGUCAAUGCGGAAAUCACCUCACAACCUUGGUGGCGACAGAGACUUCGUAAGCCGGUGUUAUUCCGGAUGCUAGAUAAAACCACCUACACGUUGGAAAAGAAUGCGGCUUGGGAAAAGAGCGCUUUGUUUUGA